AUGAGGCCGGAACCCAGCAGGAUAGGGCCCCGGAGGAGGACCUCGGGGCCCCGGCCGGGGGUCCGUGCGUUGCCCACCCACAGCCCUGCCUCCCCGGGGGCCAGCUCUCUCCCCUCCCGUGGGAAGCGCUCUCUCCAGUCCCCUGCGCGGUCCUUCCUCGCUCUGCUGCUUCUGGUUUCCGUCAAGCAAGUUACAGGAUCUCUCCUUGAGGAGACAACUCGAAAGUGGGCUCAGUACAGAGAGAAGUGCCUGAGAGACUUACUCAAACAACCUUCCGGCGUAUUUUGUAACGGAACCUUUGAUCGGUAUGUAUGCUGGCCUCAUUCUUCUCCGGGAAACGUCUCCGUUCCCUGCCCUUCAUACUUACCUGGGUGGAGUGAAGAGAACCCGGGAAGGGCCUACAGACGCUGCCUGGCUCGAGGCGCUUGGCAGACGCUGGCGAACCGCACAGUUUGGCAGGAUGACUCCGAAUGCUCUGAGAACCACAGCAUCCAAAAAAACGUGGAACACCACGCCUUGCUGUCCACCUUGCAGCUAUUGUACACCGUGGGCUAUUCCCUCUCCACUGUCGCCCUCCUCCUGGCUCUCACUCUCCUCCUGUUUCUUCGAAAGCUCCACUGCACCCGCAACUACAUCCACAUGAACCUGUUUGCUUCCUUCGUCCUGAAAGCCCUGGCCGUGCUGGGGAAGGACAUCGUCUUCCACAACUCUUACUCCAGGAGGCCCGACACCGAGAGGGAGUGGGUGUCCUACAUGUCCGAGAUUUCCACCUCCUGCCGCUCCGCCCAGGUUCUGCUGCACUACGUCGUGGGCGCCAACUACUCCUGGCUGCUGGUGGAAGGCCUGUACCUCCGCACGCUGCUGGAGCCCACGGUGCUCUCCGAAAGGCGGCUGUGGCCCACGUACCUGCUGGUGGGUUGGGGCUUCCCGCUGCUGUUCGUUGUGCCCUGGGGCAUCGCCCGUGCGCAGCUGGAGAACACAGGAUGCUGGGUAAACAACCGAAAUAAGGCAAUCUGGUGGAUCAUCCGAGGACCCAUGCUUCUUUGUGUAGCUGUCAACUUCUUCAUCUUCCUGAAAAUUCUUAAACUUCUCAUUUCUAAGCUCAAAGCCCAUCAAAUGUGCUUCAAAGAUUACAGAUACAGGUUGGCAAAAUCAACGCUGGUUCUCAUCCCUUUAUUGGGCGUUCACGAGAUUCUCUUCUCUUUUGUCACUGAUGAUCAAGUUCAAGGAUUUUCAAGACUUGUACGACUCUUCAUCCAGUUGACUCUGAGCUCCUUCCAUGGACUACUUGUGGCCUUGCAGUACUGCUUUGUCAAUGGAGAGGUGAAGGCCGAGCUGCGGAGGCACUGGGGCCGCUUCCUGCUGGCCCACCACUCCGGCUGCAGAGCCUGGGGCCUGGAGAAGAACUUCCGGUUCCUGGGGAAGUACCCCAAGAAGCUCUCCAAGGGAGACAGCGCCAGGGCGCUGCAGAAGUCACAGUCCUCGCCUGGCGGCGGGCAGCUCCUGCCGCUGACCACGCAGGGCCUGGGGGAGCCAGGCACCAGGUCCCACGGGGGCCACACAGCCUGGCGCUGGGGCCGCAGCCUGUCCGAGAGCAGCGAGGGGGACUUCACCCAGGCCCACACCAUGGAGGAGAUUCUGGAGGAGAGUGAGAUGUAGGCGGGCUCCUGCGACAGGUGCUGUGGGGUGCCGUCAUCACUCUUCCCGGGCACCAGGUCCACUUCGACAUGAAGUCUAUCUCGAGGUUCUUCAUGCUCUGAUGAGGUUGUGCAAACAGUCACUGCUUCUGCCUGCCAUCGUCAUCUACAACCUCCACUGGCGAAUUUUCCAGAAUGACCACCAGCCUCUGGGGUGGCCCUAAAUUCAAGUGAAUGGAGCCCCAAGAUACAGAGAAACGUCUGCUGUGAAAGAGGGGACAGCCAGUAUCUCUUCCUUUAUCCCUCACGGCAGAAGGUUUCCCUCUGAAUCUGGGUUUGGGGUGUAUAAGGACCACAUGGGAAG